ACGUGCCAGGAAGUACAGCAAAGACUAUCGAACAGCGCUUGCACUCAAACAGAAACUUAUCUCCUUCUAUUUGACUGCAUCAGAUAAACACGCGAUUUAUGUGGUGAAUCAACGACUAAAGAGUGUGAAAAUGUUUGCAAGGAUCACAGCAAAGCACGUGGAGGAAAAGGACAGUAGUCGUCGACGACUGGAAGAUCUUUGGCUGCAGCCUUAUGUUCUGUUACGCAGAGCUGACAUCAGUGAAGUAAUUGGUUGUAAGCAGCAGGAGCCAGAGCGCAGUCGCCUUAAAGAGGAAGAUGUGGUCAAAGAGCUCCACCCCUUGAAUGAACAAAUGGACCAGACGUUUCUUUGCACCAUAAACAAGGAGGAAGAGCCGGAGCGGCCUAGUAUUAAAGAGGAGGGAGAAUAUGAGGGUCAAUAUGAGGUAAGCAAAGGGGCGGAGCCUUCAAGCUGCAGCUCAAGUGAACAAAUGACCAGAGAAGGUGACGAAGACCACUGUGGAGGAGCACAAGCAGCUCCACCAUCAGAUAGUGAUGACAUGUCAUCACAUGCUCCUUCUGGUGAUGAUGAUGCGUCUAAAAACAAACGCUCGCAAUGUUCUCAGUGUGGGAAAUGUUAUGCUAGUAAGACUGCUUUGAAUCGACACAUGAAAUCGCACGCAGAGAAAAGGUUUUCCUGCUCAGAUUGUGGCCAAAAAUUCCACUGGAGUUGCCAUUUAAAAAGGCACGCAAGAAUCCACACUGGUGAGAAACCUUUUUCAUGCUCAGUUUGUGGCGAAAGAUUUUCAGCAAAGGCAAGCUUAGAAAUGCACACAAGCAUCCACACUGGUGAGAAACCUUUUUCAUGCUCAGUUUGUGGCCAAAAAUUCUCUGAGAAGAAAGUUUUAAUACAUCAUGAAAGAAUCCACACUGGGGAGAAACCUUUUUCCUGCUCAGUCUGUGGCCAAGUAUUUUCUAAGAAGAGAUCUUUAAAACUUCAUGCAAAAAUCCACACUGGGGAGAAACCUUUUUCAUGCUCAGUUUGUGGCCAAAAAUUCUCAGAAAAGAAAGUUCUAAUACAGCAUAAAAGAAUCCACACUGGUGAGAAACCUUUUUCCUGCUCAGUUUGUGGCCAAAAAUUCUCUAAGAAGCAAUCUGUAAAACGUCAUACAAAACUCCAUACUGGGGAGAAACCUUUUUCAUGCUCAGUUUGUGGCCAAACAUUCUCUCGGAAGGAAAGUCUAACACGACAUACAAGAACCCACACUGGUAAGAAACCUUUUUCAUGCUCAGUUUGUGGCCAAAUAUUCUCUCAGAAGGGAAAUCUAACACGUCAUACAAGACUCCACACUGGUGAGAAACCUUUUUCAUGCUCAGUUUGUGGCCAAGUAUUCUCUCGAAAGGGAACUCUAACACGUCAUACAAGAACCCACACUGGUGAGAACCUAUUGAGAAUUCCAUGUGUUGGGGAGACGAGCGAUGAUCCGUGAAGUUUUCACCUUCUGUUUGAGCAGACUUCAUGAGUUUUUGCAUCAAUGAGAAUUCUAUUCUAUGUACCUUUUGAUUGGGAUGCUGAACUCCUUUCCUUCACCACAGUGAGAAGUUCCUAUUUUCGUUGUAAUUAUUUUGAGAAUACGGUAAUCCCUCGCUACAUCGCGGCUUUGUACAUUGCAGACUGUUUCCCAAAUUGAAAAAAAUAAAUAAAAACUCACAAAUUGGAAAUAGAACUUCUAAAUUGAGGAAUUACAGCAUGAAAGUUGCCCACAUGUCAACAGAAGGCAGGGAUUGUCCACACAAUUGCAGAAUGUACACUUGUACCUUUUUAUACAAAAAAAUUGUUAUGAUAAUUUUUAAGUUCUAAAAACAUAUUUAC